AUGGGUUCCUCUUCUAUUUCCAAGCCUAAGGUCAUCAAAGGCUCCGCUGGUUAUGUCCUCGAGGAUGUUCCGCAUUUGUCUGAUUACAUCUCCGAUCUUCCAACAUAUUCUAAUCCCUUGCAAGACAAUCCUGCUUACUCAGUAGUCAAACAAUAUUUUGUGCACGUCGAUGACAGUGUUCCUCAGAAGAUUAUUGCUCACAAAGAUAGUCCUAGAGGGUUACAUUUUCGGCGUGCCGGACCUCGUCAAAGGGUGUAUUUCGAAGCAGAUGCAGUUCAGGCUGCCAUUGUCACAUGUGGGGGUCUAUGUCCUGGGCUCAACACCGUGAUUAGGGAGUUAGUAUGUGGCUUAUUCCAUAUGUAUGGCGUGAAGAAAAUUUUGGGAAUCAAUGGAGGAUACAAAGGUUUCUAUGCUCACAAUACAAUCACUCUAACUCCUAAAACCGUGAAUGAUAUACAUAAGCGUGGGGGAACGAUACUUGGUUCGUCACGAGGUGGACAUGACACCACUAAGAUAGUGGACAGUAUUCAAGAUCGGGGAAUCAAUCAGGUUUAUAUAAUUGGAGGAGAUGGAACUCAGAGGGGUGCAUAUAGGAUUUAUGAGGAAAUUAGAAAGCGUGGUCUCAAAGUUGCAGUUGUAGGAAUCCCCAAAACUAUAGAUAACGACAUCCCGGUUAUUGAUAAGUCCUUCGGCUUCGACACAGCUGUUGAGGAGGCUCAACGUGCUAUAAAUGCAGCACAUGUUGAAGCUGAAAGUAUUGAAAAUGGCAUAGGUGUUGUCAAGCUGAUGGGCCGGUACAGUGGGUUUAUUGCAAUGUAUGCUACUCUUGCCAGUCGGGAUGUGGACUGUUGCUUAAUUCCAGAGUCGCCCUUUUACCUUGAAGGUCCCGGUGGACUUUUUGAGUUUGCAGAGAGAAGACUAAGAGAAAAUGGGCACAUGGUUAUUGUGAUUGCAGAAGGAGCAGGACAGGAACUCGUUUCUGAGAGCAUGCAAUCCAUGGACAAGCAGGAUGCUUCCGGAAACAAGCUUCUUCAAGAUGUUGGGUUAUGGAUAUCCCAAAAGAUGAAGGAACAUUUUACCAAACAGAAGACGCUGGCCAUAAAUCUCAAAUAUAUAGAUCCAACCUAUAUGAUCCGAGCUGUUCCAAGCAAUGCUUCUGACAAUGUGUACUGCACACUUCUUGCUCAGAGUGCUGUUCACGGAGCAAUGGCGGGUUACACUGGCUUUACAAGUGGGCUUGUCAAUGGAAGACAAACUUAUAUACCCUUUAAUAGAAUCACUGAGGGACAGAACAAAGUAGUGAUAACUGAUAGAAUGUGGGCUAGGCUUUUAUGUUCAACAAAUCAACCCAGCUUUUUGAUUAGUAAGGGUAUCACUGAAGAUAAGAAGGAAGAAACAGAUUUCUGUUCAUUUGUUAAGCAUCGCAGCUACAAAAUUGUAUAUAGGCCCUAUGCAUCUUUGUUUUUCCUGGUUGGAGUUGAUGAUGCCGAGAAAGCUGGUGGCUCUUGCUCUGCCACUGGCUGCGACCAAGUUCCACCUCAAUACUCAUCUCCACUAAACCAAUUGUCGGUUGGUGCAUGA